ACAGCCUCAUCUCAAACGCGUCCCGUCACGCCCGGGUUGAUCGUCAACGGCACCAUAUCACCGAAGCUCAGCAAGUCUUCGCUCGCGCCGUCUACUCACAAGACGGAUGAUGCGAAACAUGUAUCGAUCGCAGAGCCGACUUCAGAGGACCACAUGCGGGAACGCGUCUUGCCCGGUGGAUACGAGAAUCCGUUUGCUGACCCAGAAGCUUCGAGCCCAUCUUUCAUCGAUAUUCAUUCUCCUGCACACGAUAAAUUCGAUAUGCCGCAACCAUCCACCGUGGAGGCCCCUCGAGAGCAGGCUGCACCUGCACCGGCUGUCAUGCCGGUCCUCCAGCACCGAGAUUAUAUGUAUUCCAUUCCACGGACAGUCCCAUCCAGCUAUGCCGGUCGCAGCAUGCUCAACUCGCCUAUGGAUCAUGUCGAAUAUGAUACAGAUGAAACUCGACCUCUCCUUCGCCGCCCCUCCACACCCUCGUUCCCAGCACCUGUGAAAGAUGCACAGCCUGUGGCCAUCUACUUCCGCCCAAGCGACACUUCUAUCUGGCCCGUGCCAUCGCAGAGCUUCGAAGCCUCCGGAUGGAGAGAGCACAUCCUGCCUGACAGCUCUGUUUAUUUCUCCCACGCCCUCCUGCAUGUCACGACAGAUGUCGACCUGCGCAACCCCGGCAAGUUCGAGGUGGUGUCCGCCUUCCUCGGCGGUAGCGGCAGGGGCGACGAUAUGGCGCUACCCCCGGAAGGCUGGGAGCUGUGGCUGCGGGACGCAGGCACUGCGAAGCAGGAAUUCGUGCCGGCCAGGGCGUGGGUGCACCAUGCGAUGAGAGCGAUCUCGCUGGAGCAGCCUCCGAUGCAUUCCAAUGAAAUUCAUAUCCCUGAAGAAGACAGGCUCGAUAUGGAGAGUCGCUACUGGUCGUUCAUCGAAACGCACCCGGCUCAUAUGCCUCUGCCUCCGAGCUCCCUUGCGGAAGCGAUCGAUAUCUUGACAUGGUCGUAUACAGAUCGGCUUCUGCCUUCUUCACAUCCAACACCGCCACCUUUCAGCCAAGAUGAAUGUCAAGAACUCAUGGGCCUGCUUCGCUCGCUCGAUGGCCCACCCAGCUCUCCGACACAGUCCAUGGUCCGUACUCGUGUCAUAGCAAAGAUUCUUCUGCGCAUCACUGCGUGGCGCCAAGGGCACCCCAUCCCCAGCCGCUCUCCGGAUGGGAACAAGGGUGUUGUACAGACGCCACACCACACGCCAUUCCGCCGCUCGUUCCUCGACUUCAUCAUCUCUUUGUUGUGCUUGGGCCUCCCUUAUCUCUUCUUGGACCGUUCACAACACCACGUCAUCGACACCGAGAGCGGACUGCGGAAUGAGGCUGGUCCCAUGCUUAUUGUCGGUGCUUGCGCCUGUCUUAUCGCGGCUGUCAUUCUCAGUGCUUCCGUGACGUUCAUUUCGCUUCCUGGCUUGGACGAUGUCACUCGUGUCGCCGGUUUCGUAGCCAUCAUCCUCUCGGCCUCGAGCAUGAUCUCGGCAGUGAUCGCCCUAUUCCGCUACAAGAGCGACAUCGAGCGGACUACGACGUAUCAUGCCCACGAAGGGAUGAUCGUUCUUUCUAGACGAAGCGUCCUUCUUUCUCUCCCUCUCGUCUUUCUCAUAUGGUCUAUUGCCGCGUUUGUCACAGGCGUCGCCCUUUAUGCUUUUCGCGGGUUGAGCGUUAGUAAUGUCGGUCAGACGCUUCGCCACUUCGACGAGUACACGCGCUGGGCCGUGGUCGGUACCAUUGGGGGGUUGGCUGGUAUGCUGAUCACGUCUGCGUUGCUCAUUCAUUGGUGAUUCGAAAUCAUCGCUGGCUGAUAUGUGUGGCUUUAUCCCAAACAUGUGUAUUUAUGUUCAUGAACAUGCAGCAAAUAAAUUAUUGACUGCCUG